GACGCUGCUCACGAUGUCGUCCAGCAGAAGCCAGAACCCCCACGGGCUGAAGCAGAUCGGCCUGGACCAGAUCUGGGACGACCUGAGGGCCGGCAUCCAGCAGGUGUACACCAGGCAGAGCAUGGCUAAGUCCCGCUACAUGGAGCUCUACACUCACGUGUACAACUACUGCACGAGUGUCCACCAGUCAAACCAGGCCCGGGGGGCCGGCGUCCCCCCUUCCAAGUCCAAGAAGGGCCAGACGCCCGGGGGCGCGCAGUUCGUCGGCCUGGAGUUAUACAAGCGGCUCAAAGAGUUCUUGAAGAAUUACUUGACGAAUCUCCUCAAGGACGGAGAAGACUUGAUGGACGAGAGUGUGCUCAAGUUCUACACGCAGCAGUGGGAGGAUUACCGGUUCUCCAGCAAAGUGCUGAACGGAAUCUGCGCCUACCUCAACCGCCACUGGGUGCGCCGCGAGUGCGACGAGGGCCGGAAAGGCAUCUACGAGAUCUACUCGCUCGCGUUGGUGACGUGGAGAGAUUGUCUGUUCAGACCACUGAAUAAGCAGGUAACAAAUGCUGUUCUAAAACUCAUUGAAAAAGAAAGAAACGGCGAGACCAUCAACACCAGACUCAUCAGUGGCGUCGUACAGUCGUACGUGGAACUGGGUCUGAACGAAGACGACGCCUUUGCCAAGGGCCCUACGUUAACAGUGUAUAAAGAGUCCUUUGAGUCUCAGUUUCUGGCCGACACAGAGAGGUUUUACACCCGAGAGAGUACCGAAUUCUUGCAGCAGAAUCCAGUUACGGAGUAUAUGAAAAAGGCCGAGGCGCGGCUGCUGGAGGAGCAGCGCAGGGUGCAGGUAUACCUGCACGAGAGCACCCAGGACGAGCUGGCGCGCAAGUGUGAGCAGGUGCUCAUCGAGAAGCACCUGGAGAUCUUCCACACCGAGUUCCAGAACCUGCUGGACGCCGACAAGAACGAAGAUUUGGGCCGCAUGUACAAUCUCGUCUCGAGGAUCCAGGACGGCGUGGGAGAGCUGAAGAAGCUUCUGGAGACACACAUCCACAAUCAGGGCCUGGCGGCCAUCGAGAAGUGCGGAGAGGCUGCUCUGAAUGACCCCAAGAUGUACGUGCAGACCGUGCUGGACGUGCACAAGAAGUACAAUGCUCUGGUCAUGUCGGCCUUCAACAACGACGCCGGCUUCGUGGCGGCACUGGACAAGGCGUGUGGGCGCUUCAUCAACAACAACGCCGUCACCAAGAUGGCGCAGUCAUCCAGCAAGUCCCCGGAGCUGCUGGCACGCUACUGUGACUCCCUGCUGAAGAAGAGUUCCAAGAACCCAGAAGAAGCAGAAUUAGAAGACACCCUCAACCAGGUGAUGGUGGUCUUCAAGUAUAUCGAGGACAAGGACGUGUUCCAGAAGUUCUAUGCCAAGAUGCUGGCCAAGCGGCUGGUGCACCAGAACAGCGCCAGCGACGACGCCGAGGCCAGCAUGAUCUCUAAGCUCAAGCAAGCGUGCGGCUUCGAGUACACCUCCAAGCUCCAGCGCAUGUUCCAGGACAUCGGCGUCAGCAAGGACCUGAACGAGCAGUUCAAGAAGCACCUAACCAACUCAGAGCCACUGGACUUGGACUUCAGCAUCCAGGUCCUGAGCUCCGGGUCCUGGCCCUUCCAGCAAUCCUGCACCUUCGCCCUGCCGUCCGAGCUGGAGCGGAGCUACCAGCGCUUCACGGCCUUCUACGCCAGCCGGCACAGCGGCCGGAAGCUGACGUGGCUGUACCAGCUGUCCAAGGGGGAGCUGGUGACCAACUGCUUCAAGAACAGAUACACCCUGCAGGCGUCCACCUUCCAGAUGGCCAUCCUGCUGCAGUACAACACGGAGGACGCCUACGCCGUGCAGCAGCUCACGGACAGCACGCAGAUCAAAAUGGACAUCUUGGCACAGGUCUUACAGAUCCUGCUGAAGUCCAAGUUGUUGGUCCUGGAAGACGAGAACGCGAACGUGGAUGAGGUGGAGCUGAAGCCAGACACCUUGAUAAAGUUGUAUCUCGGCUACAAAAACAAGAAGUUGAGGGUGAACAUCAAUGUGCCGAUGAAGACGGAGCAGAAGCAGGAGCAGGAGACCACGCACAAGAACAUCGAGGAGGACCGCAAGCUUCUAAUCCAGGCGGCCAUCGUGAGAAUCAUGAAGAUGAGGAAGGUUCUCAAACACCAGCAGCUGCUGGGGGAGGUGCUGACCCAGCUCUCCGCCAGGUUCAAGCCCCGUGUCCCCGUGAUUAAGAAAUGCAUCGACAUCCUGAUCGAGAAGGAGUACCUGGAGCGCGUGGACGGCGAGAAGGACACGUACAGCUACCUGGCCUAGCCCCCACGGACGGACGGCAGGCAGCGGGGGGGGGCCCACCCGCCCCCGCGGGACGCUCAGGACCGACACAUUUCAGCCUGUACAUAGGACCCACACCGGGGGGCCCCGAUCCCGGGCCGGGGCUGCAUGCGCCGCCCCCCCCCCCCCAGCGCCCCCUGCCCGCCAGCCCUCGCCGCGGAGAACCGUUUGUACAGUGUUUGAUUUUAUAACGUGUGAGAAUAAAGACAAGUAAAGGGUUUCCGUA